UAUGACACUAUUGGAGGUAUAAUAUAGUAUUAAUAGGCAGAUAACAUUCUCACGAGGCACUAGUUCCCCAAUUAACCAAGACAUAGUGAGAAAUCAAAAAUGCAAAGAAUAGGGAUAGCUAGACUCUCCAAUAUAGGGAGUAAAGCCAUGAUUAAUAUUAAGCCUAUGAGUUCAAAUAGAAUGAUAAUUAAUGGAUAUAAACCUGUGAUUAUGUCUAAUAUGAUAAUGGGUAAUUCCGUCAGAUUCAAUUCCACAACUACCAAUGCUACUAGUGAAAUAGCCAAAGAGAUUUCGACUACUUUACCAACAUUUGAUGAAGUAGUCACUACAACCACAACUACUUUACAUUCAGAUCAAAUUGGAUAUUUAGAUUCAAUAGGGUUAGCUCAAGGUUGGGGUCCAACAUCAUUAGUUGAAACUAUGUUAGAGUAUUGUCAUGUAUAUACUGGUUUACCAUGGUGGGGUACAAUUAUUGUAUGUUCAUUAGGUGUUAGAUUUGCAUUAUUUCCAUUUUAUAUGAAGAGUUCAUCCAAUAUGUCUAGAAUGCAAAAGGCUAAACCUGAAUUAGAUGCUAUUAUGGAAGAAGUUAGAACUGCUGAAAAUGCAAAUGAACGUAUGAUUGCUAUGCAACAAAGAAAAAAGGUUAUGAAGAAAUAUGGAGUAAGCACUUUAGCUGGUAUAGCUCCAAUUAUGCAAUUACCAUUUGCUUAUGGAUUUUUCCAAGCUUUAAGAAAAAUGGCCAAUCAUCCAGUAGAAGGGUUUUCAGAUCAAGGUGCUUUAUGGUUUCAAAAUUUAGCAGAAGUUGAUCCUUAUUUAGGAUUACAAGGUUUAUCUGCUGUUUUAAUUUUAAUGGUGAUUAGAAUGGGUGGUGAAACUGGAGCCAAUCAACAAAUGUCUAAACCAAUAAAGACUAUGUUGAAUAUAUUACCAUUUGCUUCUAUAUUUAUUACUAAGAAUUUCUCAACUGCUGUUGUCCUUUACUUUGCAGUCAAUUCAGCAUUUUCAUUCAUACAAGCUAUAUUAUUUAAAUCAGGAUUUUUUAGAAGAUUUGCUAAGAUGCCACCUCUUGUCAAGCCAAGUGCUGAGACUUUAGCUAAAUCCAAUCAAAGUAUUGGAGAUUAUUUCGGAGACAUGUUGGAAAAGAAUAAGCAAAGUGCUAUUCAAAGAGCCAGACAAGCCGAUAAGAAAUUAGAACAAACGAAGAGAAAGAGACAAGACAAUCAUGGAUUCAUCAAAAGACACUAAAUGUUUAUUGAAAUUAAACUUUAAGCAUUCUAAGAUGAAAUCUUGUCCAUUUAACUUACGAUUAUGUAUAUAGACAGUCAAUAAUGUUGAGCUACUUGACUUAACUCAUUGACCAAUUAUGUAAAUAACAGCCAACGAUUAAUUACACUUUACAAAUUAUAAUUUACAAUUACAUUACACACUAAAAAACCCAAAAUUGGAGUAGUAACUACUCUAUUCGUAAUAUUGCAUUGGAGGGGUAGGAUGUUGGCAUUUGACAGGUGGUGUGUUGAGCUUCUUCAUCAUUUGGUUAUGAGUAUCUCCACUUUUAGACAUUGUCGCUCAUUGUCGCAUGUCGCGUCGGGCUCGGAAACAACAACAAACGAGAUUCUCCAUAUUUCACUACCCACUACAGAUCUUAACAAUAAUAAUGUUAAAUGUAUUAAAUAAAUA